UUCUGUCUCUUCUCCCAAAAACUCUUCUCUUCCAACUUGUUCAAGAUUCACUAAACUUUGUUGUACAUUAUACUCGAUUUUGCUACAAAUCACACGCGAAUUGGUUUGAAGUUCGUCUAGUUUUGGAUUUUUGGUGCAAAUUUGCUGCAUUUAAAGGUGUGGAAUGUGGUUGAAGAUGGUGGAGCGAGGAGAGACAAACUGGUGCUGAUUCGAAGCUUUGUUGGAGGAGAACAAAAAUGGCGGCGACGGCCCGCGGCGAAGGAGCGGAGAUGGUGGAUGAAGAUGGUGAGAGUGUGAGGGUUGAGAAGAGCGAUGAUCAGGAGGAGAUAAAGAAAUUAGUGGAGGAACUUGGCAAGGUGAAAGAUGAUGAUGAUGCCGCCGCCGGAGAAGAACAAGAAAUUACCGAGAAAAGGAAGCAUACAGAUAGUGAUGAUGUUGUAGAUGUUGGGGAUAAGCAAGGAAGCUCGAAGAAAUUGCUGCUUUCUGUGAGUGAGGACGCUAAGGUCGAGAUUGUACUUGUAGCAUCUGAUAUAAUGGAUAUUUACCAGGGAGCAACUCUACUGCCAAAGUGGAAAGCAUUCCAUACUAUCAUAUUUUUGGAGAAGGAUGAUGGCCUACAAGAUUCAACUAAAAUUGCAGCAUUUGAUUUUGAUGGGUGUCUUGCAAACACUGAUGUGAGGAAGACUGGUGCAGAUGCUUGGUCCCUUAUGUAUCCUUCAAUACCUGAGAAAUUGCAGAAACUGUAUAAUGACGGCUACAAGCUGGUUAUCUUUACUAAUGAAUCUAACAUCAACCGCUGGAAGAAUAAGAGACAGAAAGCUGUGGAUUCAAAAGUUGGACGCCUGAACAAUUUUAUCAACCUUGUGAAAGUCCCUAUUCAGGUUUACAUAGCAUGUGGCUUUGGACCUAAAGACCCAUACCGUAAACCCAAAACUGGAAUGUGGCAUGUUAUGGAACAGCACUUUAAUUCUGGCAUUUCAGUUGACAUGGAUCAAUCCUUUUAUGUUGGUGAUGCAGCUGGGAGGGAACAAGAUCACAGUGACGCUGAUAUCAAAUUCGCUCAGAGCGUUGGAUUGAAGUUCUACGUUCCCGAGGAGUUCUUCACUAUAUAGAUAUGCACUACUCUUGGCAUGUAUGUAUUGGGCUGCUGUCUGAUCGCACAUGAUGAUUUUUCGAUGUUCAUCCUGACUUUCACUUGUACAUUAAAUUUAUAUGAUCAACGUCGAGGAUUUUCACUUAUACUUUCACUUGUACAGAGUACAAGGAUUUUCCGAUGUUCAUCCUGAUAUUCCUAUGAUCCAUCAACGUCCAGCCUAAAAUUUUCUGAUCCUCUUUAUGCUUGAUGUUUACGUCAAUUAUGAUAUAUUACAAGAUUGAAAUUGAUGUUCUUGUUCUA